CGCCGCCAUUUUGCAGGAAGAGGGGUAUCCGGGCCUGUCAGCGGGGGGAGAGCGCCGUUUGCCAUGGCCAAUGUGCUCUGUAACAGAGCAAGAUUGGUCACCUACCUCCCAGGCUUUUAUUCCUUAGUCAAAAGAGUUGGCAAUCCCAAGAAUUUUUCCACAGCAGGUUCCUCUGGCUCAGAUGAGCCCCAUGUGGCUGCUGCACCUCCUGAUUUAUGUCCCAGGACUGUGUGGCCGGAUGAGGUGAUGGGACCCUUUGGUCCCCAGGAUCAGAGGUUCCAGCUGCCUGGGAAUAUUGGUUUUGAUUGUCACCUCAAUGGCACUGCUUCCCAAAAGAAAUCCCAAACUUCCAAGAGUCUCCCGGAUAUUUUGGCAGAGCCCUCAGCAAGUGAGAGGCACGAGUUUGUAAUGGCACAAUACAUCAAUGAAUUCCAGGGUGCUGAUGCUCCYCAGAAGCAGCCAAUAAAUAAUGCUGAAACCUAUUUUGAAAAUGCCAAGGUGGAAUGUGCAGUGCAAGCCUGUCCUGAGCUGCUGAGAAAAGAUUUUGAGUCCCUGUUCCCAGAGGUGAAUUCCAACCGUCUGACUGUGCUGACUGUCACCCAGAAAACUAAAAAUGACAUGACUGUGUGGAGCCAGGAGGUGGAGGAUGAGAGAGAGAUGCUCUUAGAAAAUUUCAUUAAUGGUGCCAAGGAAAUCUGCUAUGCAAUUUCUUCUGAGGGCUACUGGGCCGAUUUCAUUGACCCAUCCUCAGGACUGGCAUUUUUUGGGCCUUACUCCAACAACCCCCUGUUCGAGACGGACGAGCGCUACCGGCAUUUGGGAUUUUCUGUGGAUGAUUUGGGAUGCUGCAAAGUGAUCAGGCACAACCUUUGGGGUACCCACGUGGUCGUGGGGAGCAUUUUCACCAACGCUGAGCCCGACAGUCCCAUCAUGAGGAAACUCAGUGGAAACUGAGCCCUCCAGCUCACCCAGAUUGCUGUGACUUCUGUAUUUGACUUGAUUUUUGGCAGGAAAUCCCUCAAUUCCAAGUGUUCUUAGAGAAUAAAGUAGCAGUUUAUUUAUUGGGUAGUGUUUUGGGAAUAUGUGUUCACCACAUGUGGCUUGGAAUUUGGAUUAUGACAACRUUCAGAGCCACAGGAAUUCCCAUUUGGGAUUUGGAACAUAGCUAUCAUCUCUUUUUUUUUUAUCUUAUCUUCCAUUUUCUCAAUCAAUUUUCACUGUCCAACAUUAAUAUUCAGAAUCCUGGUGCCACUGAAAUUUCCAGCAAUUUGGCUGUUCCUGAAAUUAGAAACUGGCAAAAAACAACAAAAAAAAGAAUGAGUCAUAAAAUUGUUCUCCCAGAAUACAGAACUUAAUCAAAUUUGCACAACUGAGCUAAUCACUCAUUUGCUGUUUAAAAUAAGAAUGAGGUCAACUUUCAGUGGUCUCCAUAAAAAAGUCCUUAAUUACUUUGGAAUUACUCAUCUCUUUUUUUUUUUUUUGACUUCAUGGUGCUUGGGGUUUAUUUUCUCAGUGUUAGCUAAAUGUAUUUAAUUAGUUUAUAUAUCUAAAAGUGAUUUAAAGUUGCUUUUGUAACUUUCUUAGGUCAUUAAAUACAUUGUCAAAAAAAAAAAA